CGGUGAAAGAGAGGUUGGUUCGGUUUGAAAAACAAAGACAAAAAAUAGCAUCAAAAAGAACAGCAGCAAAAGCAAACCUACCUGCUGAAAGAAAAACAAAAAGGAAAAUAACUGAUGAAGAAUAUGAAGUGAAGGAAGAAAAUAUAGAAAAAGCUUUAAUUGUGGAACGGGAGGUUUCCCCUUUGGCGAUGAUUACCAAAGAAGUUCCUGCAAAAAAGAAACCAAAGAAAUCAAUUGCUGUUUACAAGGAAAAAGUAGCAGAAGAAGAGGAAGAAAAAACUGGAGUUAGAGGAGGACAUGGAAAAUUCAUCAGUUUCAUUUCCAUGAUGAAUGAACAGAAGAAGGAGGCCGUUCGGAAUAUCGGUCUAGGAGCAUUGCUAGAUUUCCAGCUACCUACUUCAUCCCAACAAUUUGUUACAUGGCUAUGUAACAACUUUGAGGAAAACAGCCAAUAUCUUUAUCUGCCGAAGAAUGAGAAAAUCCUGAUAGAAUUUGAGGACGUGAAAAAGAUAUAUGGCCUUCCUAGCGGUGAAGUAGACAUAGUUGAGGCAAAGUCUGACAAGGCUAGUGAAGAGUUUUCUGCAUUCAUGGCAAGUUGGAAAAAGAUCUUUGGGAAUAAGGUCCCAUCAGUUCAGAAAAUUUUAAAGUACUACAGUCAAGAAGACCAAAUUGAGGCUGGACCGGAUGCAAAUUUCAUUACAAGCUUCUUGGUGGUCACUGUCAACACGUUGAUCAAGAGCACGUUGUCAAACCAAGCAUACUUCAAAUUUUUGUUCUCAAUGAUGAAUCAUGAGCAGAUCCGGAACUUGAAUUGGUGCAAGUAUGUGUGGGAGGCACUGCUCUCAACUACUGCACAGUAUAAGAAAAACCUGAAACAAAAGGACAAAGCAACAUUUUUCACAGGACCAUUGCCGUUAUUGACGAUUUUCUAUUUUGACAGAGUUCAAAGAAUGAACUUUUUUCCUCCAAGACGAAUUCCACUUGUGUCCUGCUGGACAAAGGAAAUAGGACACAAACGGAAUAAAUUGGAGGAAAGUGGCUUUGGAUUGGGGAAGGUGUUACCCAAAAUCAAUAUUGAAGAAAAACAAACUCGCAAGACAUAUCAUAACAUAACAUAA